AUGAGGAGGGACAACCACAGCCUCCUGGAACAGCCCCCUUGGGACUUUGUCCUGCUGGGCAUCUCUGACUGCCCAUGGCUGGAGCUGCCUCUCUUCGUGGUGCUCCUGGUGUCCUACAUCCUGGCCAUGCUGGGGAACAUCUCCAUCAUCCUGCUGUCCCGGUUGGACCCCCGCCUGGGCAGCCCCAUGUAUGUCUUCCUGAGUCACCUGUCCUUCCUGGACCUCUGUUACACAACCACCACGGUGCCGCAGAUGCUUGUCAACUUGGGCACACCCCACAAGACUAUCAGCUUCGGUGGCUGCUCGGUGCAGUACGCCAUCUUUCACUGGCUGGGCUGCACAGAGUGCGUGGUUUUGGCCGCCAUGGCCCUGGACCGCUACGUGGCCAUCUGCCGGCCCCUGCGCUACACGCUGAUCAUGCACAGCACGCUCUGCCGGCGCCUGGUGGCCCUGGCCUGGCUCAGCGGCUUUGGCAACUCCCUGGUACAGGUGGCACUGACGGUGCAGCUGCCCUUCUGUGGGCAGCGCAUGCUGAACAACUUCUUCUGUGAGGUGCCGGCCAUGAUCAAGCUGUCAUGUGCCGACACGGCUGUGAACGACACCACGCUGGCGGUGCUGGUGGCCUUCUUUGUGCUGGUACCCCUGGCCCUCAUCCUGUUGUCCUAUGGCCUCAUCGCCCGUGCCGUGCUCAGGAUCCGGGCCUCCUCAGGCAGGCACAAGGCCCUGGGGACCUGCUCGUCCCACCUAGCUGUGGUGUCCCUCUUCUACCUGCCUGCCAUCUACAUGUACUUGCAGCCUCCCUCCCGCUACUCGCAGGAGCAGGGCAAAUUCAUCUCCCUCUUCUACUCCAUCAUCACCCCCACCCUCAACCCCUUCAUCUACACACUGAGGAACAAGGAUGUGAAGGGCGCCCUCCGGAGGCUACUGGCCCAAACCUGCCGGCUCUGUGGGCUCUGA